AUGACACCCGUCGACCAUUAUCAACCAUAUCCGCCUGGUCAACCAAUGUAUAGUACUCCCAAUUAUGGGCCGGCCACCGGAAACAUCUAUGGCACUAAACGGAAACAAAUGCGGGCUACUCAGGUUGGUACUCCACAUGUUCGGCUUUGCAUCAAGCUUUGGUUGACGUGUUUCAGGCAUGCGAGCAAUGCAGACAACGGAAACAGAAGUGCGACGAAGGUUCGCCUUGUUCGUUUUGCAAAGAAAACAGUCUGUCGUGUCAAUAUCGCGACACGCCACCCGCCAAGUACGUUGACAUUCGCAUGUUGCCUCGGGAUACAAUGGCUGAUUUAGCUGCAGGACUGAUAAGAAUAUGGAGAAACUUCUCAGUUACAUGGAACAGCAUUCACAGGGGCUUACUAUGUUGACCGAGAAGAUUGACCAAUUCGAAGCGCGAUUACGGAGUGUGGAACAGAACGCGGCUCAAAAUGGUAACGCGGUAGCAGGCGCAGAAUCCGAGGGCUACCCUCCCGAGGACAGCAUUCCGCCGAGGCGAAAACCGGAACUGGAAGAUCACCGUACAGCGCCGCAUAAGUUGCUGCUGCUGUGGCCUAGCGUUCGACCACUUCUGAAGGCGGCAAACGUGGAGCACAACGAUGGCUAUGUCAUGGAAGCUGAGGACCGAGGAGUCCUGCGAUUGUGGACGCGAGGCGAAGGGAUCGAUGAGAACGACGGUACGCAACCGGGAGGUCCUGCGAGUCCGGCCAGAAGCGACGAAAGUGGAGAGGGAGCCAAUGCGAAUACGCCGCUUGCAGAUGGUCUAUGGGGAUGUGGGUUCCCUUCAACGCCUGGCAGUGAAUCUCGACGGUCGGAACCCUACCUCGCAGGAGGCUUGAAGGCGAACGGCGAGGUCGACUUGGACGCGAGCACCAUCAACAUCCUCUACGACAGCUACAUGAGGAACAUGCACAUCAUGCACCCAUUUCUCGACAAGCGACGGCUGCGAAGGAUGUUUGACAAUUUCAUCAAGCGCUACAGCAGUGGCAGGCCGCGAGCCACGUUCGCUGUUGGUGCCUACGACUCCGACUCACGGCCUCUGAAAAGACAGCGGUCCAACGGGUCGACUGCAAAUGUGACCGAGACCGAGCAUAGAAGGGAACAGACCGAGCGCUCUCCAGGAAACGCGAUCGUCUACCUCGUCCUCGCACUCGGCAAAAUAUGCCUUCACAAGGAGCCGUUACCAGCGAUUGUGCCGGAUAGCAAGCUGCAGGCAAAUACGGUCAUCUCACACCACAUAUCCGGCAGCAGAGGAUUCAGUUCACCAAUGACUGCAAACAUGAAACCUUCGCCCAUGUCACCCAAAUCGACCCCAGCAACGCAGCCAACACCACCCUCAGACGCUGGCUUACGGAUCAACGAGUCGAGGAGUCGACGCUCGUCGAUGGAAGGCUCGCCUGGAGCUAUUCCUGGUCCCAGAAACCUGGAUGUCAUUCCGGGUAUUGCAUACUAUGCCAAAGCCGCGGAAAUCCUGGGCGAUCAAGGUGACGGUAACGAUCUGGUCCACGCACAGAUGUUCCUUCUUGCAGGGCUGUACAAAGGACAGCUCGCGCGUGUGAAGGAGAGCAUGAGCUGGAUUACAAUGGCUGGGCGGGCAAUCAUGAUUCUGCUGGACCGCUACAAGCUCUAUAAUGACCAGUACUGGACUGCCUACGGAGAUGUCCGUAGACAACUCGAGCGCGCGCAGGCACGGAUCAAAGACACGAGACAGAGUCUCAUCGUACUCGCUUCCUGGACCUGCCUGCAAUUAGAGAGUGACAUCCUGGCAGAGCUCAGACUGCCAUCAAGUUCUAUCCAGAACAUUGAGAACUUGCUGCUGAUGCCGCACAAGACACCUGACGAGGAGUCCUACAGCGGCUUGGAGGCUGACGGUAGACUCGAGGACUAUAACAACAUCCUCAUCUUUUACACCGCGCAGCUCUUCUUGCGGAGAAGGCUCAACCAGGUGCACCGAGAAAUGUAUGGAGCCGACAGCUUUCUUCUGCCUCUUUCCGAAGUACAGGAGAUGUUGAGGGGUCACGAGAGUCUUCUCAACCUCUGGCGUGAACAACUGCCACCGGCUCUCGGAUGGGAGGACCACGAUCCACCACCCGCGGACAUCCUCUCAGCCCGACUGCGAGCUAAGUACUGGGGAGCAAGGUACAUCAUUAACCGGCCUUUCCUCGACUACGCGCUACACAUCAUGUCGCACGUCAAAGGAGGCGCGAGCGUCGAAGCUGUUGCUCGAGACGGCUAUGGCAAUCCACGGGACAAGGCGGACAUACAUUUGUUCAAGGCCAUCGAGCAGUUCUCCGAGGACGAGAUCUGGGCGGCCGCCCGGCGCUGCGUUGAUGCCGCGAUGCACAGCACAGAGGCAUUCGACGGCGUUCCUGGCCGACUCAUCAUCACCAACAUACAUGGAACGGCACAUGCGUAAGUGAUGACAAUGUGGACAUUUUCAAGUAUCCCGCUAAUCGGCCUCAGUCAAUUCGGUAACAUGCUGGUCCUUUCGGCCACCUACUCUCACAACAUACUCAAGAUCAUUGUCGAUGAGAAGAAGUUCCAUCGGCUGCUCCAGCGCACCAUCACCUUCUUGCGACGAUUAGCGCCCAUCUCACCGACUUGCCAGGCCGAUUGCGGCAUUCUGGAGAAGUUUAGCAACACGCUUUUCCCUACCGCAAGAGAAUUGCCGGGCGUGUACAGGGACGAAGGAGUGGAACCGAUGAGCGCGACGACCUCCUUCAGUGGACCGAACACCUAG